CUUUGGCAAGCAAAAUAUCUUUUUACAAAAAAGUAAUUUAUCAGAUAAAAGUUGAACAAUACUUAAAUACCUGGUGUUUUUCAAUAAAUAAUUAUUCACCUAUUAGAAAAAUUCAUAGAACAGUUUUGUUUUCAGUGUUUUGGAUAGAAAUUUAUCUCUUCAAUAACUAGAAGUUUCUUGAUAAAAAGGAUUAUUACUUUUACAAUAUACUUAUACAAAUAAUGUAUAUUCAAAACAAGAAACAUCUAUCUUUCAACUUGUGAUAUUGUCUACCUUUUCUAAAAGAAAUAAGGAAUUAUUCAACUUAUCAGUGGAAGUAUUUAACGAGUUUGUUAAAUGAAUCAGUUAAGAAAUGAUGUGGAUGAACUUUUUACAAAGUCUUAAUGAUCAUUUUUUACAUAUUAAAAAGAAUAUCUGUAUGUUUAUAAGCUAGUUAACUUCAGGUUAUUGAGUAUUGUACUGUACUCUGUAAUGAAUAUCUACCUUAUUAAUAUUGUGUCAGGAAAACUGUAAAUAUAAAUAAUUUCAUGUUCAAUUAAAGAUUUUUAUUGUAAUUAAGAUUACUGUUAACUUGAAUUAAAAAUAAACUAAUCAGGUAAUAAAACUUUGAAAAAUAUAAAAAUUUUAUUAAUGGUUGCUGACAUUUUUUUCUUUAAACCAAGAUUUAUUUAUUAUAUUCAACAUUACUCUUGUAUGAAAAGAUAAAUGGAGAAUAUAAAUAAUUGAAAGGAUUCAGAAUAUAUGUUAAUCAGGAUAGAUAAAAUAUCAAGUUAACACAUCUAUUACAUAUGAGCAGUGAAACUACCUAUAAAAAACGUGACGAAAGUAAAAUUUCAUAUUCUGAACCAACUUCAUACAAUCAACAACCAUUACAAUCUCAAUCUGGUGUCCGUUUUGUACAAAAAAAUGAAAAUUCAACUGAAUUAGCUAGUUCAGAUACGGCUAAAAGCUAUUUCCCUUUAAAAGAAGAUCAUAUUCAGAAUCAGUUGAAAUCUUCCACUAUUGGUGAUAAAAGUAGACAUACAAGUGAAAACAUCAAAGACGAAGUUGAUGACGAGAAGAAAAUGAGUAUUGAUUACAAAAGUGACAGUUCAGAAACAAAGAAGUUUGAUAAAAAGGAAGUCAACAUCAGUCGAUUAGGACGUUGCCGUCAGAAAUGUAGAAAUAAAUGUGCAGCAUGUCUUAAACGUAUCAAAUUACCUCCAUGGUUAGCUAGAUUUUUUUUAUGGAUUUAUACUCAUACCAGUGGUGUAUUUACAUAUUCACUUUUCAUACUGGCAGUUUAUGCGUGUAUUAUAUCUGUGAAAGCAAGUAUUGCCUUACCUCCACAAUGUAGACUAAUAUCUGUAAUUAAAAGAGCUGAAACAUCUCGAAAUCAUUCAAACAAUAAUGCUCAAUUCUCAGGGACUGAUCGUGUAGAAGCACUUGAAUGUCGUCGUGGUGAAGCAUUGAGUGUACUUAUUUUCUAUGGUUUUGGAUUCAUGUUUGGAGAAAUAAUGGAAUUUUUGCAUUUACCAGGAUUGCUAGGUAUGUUACUUGGUGGUUUAUUCUUGAGAAAUAUCGGUGGUCUUCUGAUCCCACAACAAGUUUAUCACGCAGGCAAACUGCCAACUGGAAGUGUCCCAUUCGGAAGUGAUCCCGGAUUAUCUAACUCGACUAUUUUCUCUGAAGAUGAAUAUCCUUUUAAUAUAACUGAUCCCCGUACUCAACUGGCUGCUCUCCUCUUGGUCAACCCAGCUUUAUCUGGUAUUUUGAGACAACUAGCCUUGACAACAAUUCUUACUCGAGCUGGUUUAGGUUUAGACCCAGAAGCACUUAAACAAGUAUGCGGCAGUGUUUUUCGUCUUGCAUUUAUACCAUGUCUUACUGAAGCAAGUGCAUUAAUGUUGUUCAGUCGUCUUUUGAUUGGAUGGCCCUGGUCAUGGGGGGCUAUAUUAGGAUUUGUUUGUGCUGCAGUUUCACCAGCUGUUAUUGUACCAAAUAUGAUGCGUUUGGAAGUUACUGGAUGGGGUGUAGCUGAAGGCAUACCUACACUUGUUGUUGCCGCUUCUAGUUUAGACGAUGUUGUUGCAAUCACUGGGUUUGGUGUUGCACUGGGAGUAGCUUUAUCAACAGAAAAAAGUUUGGUUCACACAUUAUUUUGGGGUCCACUUGAAGCACUUAUAGGAGCCUCAUUUGGAGCUGGAGUAGCCGUACUACUACUCUUCUUCCCUCCACCAAAACUUGAACAUUCACAUCUUAUUCGAGGAAUAUUACUAGUUUGUUUCGCAAUAAUUGGUUUGAUUGGAUCAGUUGCAAUGCAUUUACCAGGUGGUGGUGCAUUAUCUUGUUUAACUUUAUCCUUCGUUGUUGCCACAGGUUGGCGUAAUGGUUUCCCUUGGCGUUUAACUCAGUCAUCAAAUAUACCAACAGAAUUACAAGGAAAUAUUGGACAAAAUUCUAAUCUUGCAAAUUCUGACUACCUAUCUGAUAAAUUCGAUGCAUCUGUGCAUAGUAAUGAAGGAUCUCAAGAAAGACUAGGUGUUAUAUCUUCUCAAUUAGAGUCUAUUGAAGAAAAUGAACGGAAUUCAGAUGUCGAGUUAGACAAUGAAAGUGUGACAAGACGCCAGAGAGACCCUAAUAAUUCAAACAUACUUGAGUCUUUAGUUGAAUUUCAUCCAUACUAUUGCUCGAUUUUACGUCAGCAAUAUGGUCAACAUUCAUCAGGUGAGCAUAGCAAUCGUAGCAGCGUUCGUAAUCGUGUAAUAUCCGAAAAUGAUAGAAAACGAGGUGAUUUGCCUGCUUUAGCUGUUGCAGUAGCUGCUACUGGCAGUGAAAAAAGAGGAGACCUACCUUCAACACAACAUCGUCAACAACAAAACUAUCAGCAACAAGUACAACAAUCUUCAUUUGGAACAGUCCCAAAACCUAGGGCAUCAAGAAGGUUUAGUUUGCCAGAACCCACUGCCCAUUAUGAACUAGAAUCUUUUUCUGUUCCUCAGUCACUUAGAAGAGGGAGGAGUCCAUCUUCCGCGAAUGCUUUACGCUAUUUAAACAGAUCAAGAAGGCGAAUUCUAACGCCAACAUAUCCAGAGCAGUAUACAGCAUAUUAUAACAAUCAACCAGUUGAAAAAGUUGAAGAGGUUGAAGAAAAUGAUGAGUGUUCAUCUAAUGAAGCUGAAGGAAAGACAAAUAGGAAGGUUUGUGAUAGUAAUAAAGUCAUGACUGAUGAAGAUCACAAUUCGAAUAACUACAAUCAUCAAGGACAACUAUUUAGCGUGGAGGUUGUUCCUGCUACUCCUGCUGAACGUGGUAUGGCCUGCUUAAAUUCAAUGCGUAGAACUAUGGCAGUUACUUGGUGGUUUGUUCAGCCUAUUCUUUUCUCCCUAAUAGGAUCUGAAGUCGAUAUUAUACAUUUGCCUGGUGGAUCAACAGGACGUGGAAUAGGUGCUUUUUUAUUGGCUUUAUUUAUUCGUCUGUUAGCCACAAUAGUUGCCGUCCUACCGUCAAAGUUGAAUAUGCGUGAACGUAUGUUUAUAGCAUUUGCAUGGUUGCCAAAAGCUACUGUACAAGCAGCUGUUGGACCAGUUGCAUUGGAUACAGCUAGACAAUUAAACUCUGCUCCAGAUAUUAUUGGUUGGGGUGAACAGGUUGUAACAUUGGCAGCAAUAUCAAUAUUAAUCACUGCUCCAUUAGGUGCAAUAUUAAUGCCAUUAACUGCUCCUUAUUUAUUACAUCAAGAUAUUCAAUCAUCACAGGUAUUAAUUGAAGGUACUCAAUUAAAAUAUUCUACAAGUAAAAUAAUUAAUAGACAGAAUAAUAAUGAAAAUUUAAAAUCAUCUAAAAUACUUUCAAGUAAUAUUGAAAUGUCUAAUUCAGAUGUUAUAAAUAAUACACAUUUAUAAAUGAACACAUUAUACUUGAA